ACACCUAAAAUAUUCUGAAUUUCUAGCGUCGUAUCAUUUUGGCGGCAUUCGGGGUUUUAGUUGUCGUUUUGUAAGCUGUGUUUAUAAUUUAAAGCUCGUUUUGAUGUCUGAAUUAAAGGGCAAGAGCCGGUCCAGCGAGCAGUCGCUCAACAAUUCGGUAUCCGAAGAUCAGAUUUAUCCCGUAACCUUUAAGGUAUUUAAAAGGCUAAUAGCUAACCUGCCGAAAAUCACAACCACCCUACGAUCCGUCGAUGGAGACCACAAAACCGACGACGAGUGGGCACGGUGGUAUUAUGAAGCCUUUUACAGAGAUCCAAGUAUUCGAGAAAAGUAUCACUUCGAGGUGGCUCCUUGUCCUCACCGCAUCCGAGAAAAGUUACUCAAGGUUCCUAACCCUGAGGUGAUAGUAAAUGAGGGUGAACCGCAGGAGAUCAUACAGCCAAUAUCAGAACAAGUGGUUGUGGGCGACGCAGCUAACACAGAUUCGGCUAAUGCUAAAAGCGAAACGAAUAAUUUACCAGGAAACCCGAAACUAAGAUCUGAAGAUGUGAUAGUUAAACUAGACAAGUCUGGGACCUUUGUAUUUCCAGUAUCCUUUAAUACUUUUGAAAGCAACUUGAACAAAAUAGAGGUGUUCCGCAAGCUCACCAAAAGCAAAGAGGAUUGUGCGCAGCUAUUGGCCGACGAUGAAUUUUGUCGUAGAACCUUAAAAAAGUUCUAUACCCGCUAUUACAUACUACCACAAUUUCGUGGCAAGUCGAACUAUUUCAAAGAAUUGCCACCGACUCCCUUGGCCAAGUUACUAGAAUUUGCCAAACCUUAUGAUGAUAUUGCAGUCAAAAGUGUUUCGGAUAUUGACGCAAAAAAAUCUCAUAACAACAAUUCCAUCGUUACUUUUGAGCAGUUUAAGAGUAGCUUGCUGAAUUUAAACGAAAUUGUGGAAGACCUGAGACUGUUGGACAAAAAUUAUGCCGGAAAAGACCUUGAAGAAUGUGCACAUGACUACUACAAGGCAUUUUACCUCACACCAGAGAUUCGCGACAAGCACAAAUUCCAGUUGCGACCAUGUGCGACUAAAUUCCAGGACCGCCUACUGGCUUUUCCGAGCACGGAAACUGCCAACGAACUGAGGAAAAGCCUGACCCAGUCACCUGAAAGGAAUCAUGAUUUGAUGUCCCGCGAAAGCGAGUCCUCACAAGAUUCAGAAAACAUUCCACUUAAGAAGUUGCAAGACCCAGAUCGGAACAUGGCAACAGACUUAAAAGAACCCCUAAAUGAGAAAACUGCCAACGAACUGAGAAGUAGCCUACCCCAGUCAACUUUUCAAUUACCAGAAAGGAACCAUGAUUUGCUGUCCCGCGAAAGCGAGUCUUCACAAGAUUCAGAAAACAUUCCACUUAAGAAGUUGCAACAUCCAGAUCGGAACAUUGUGUCAGAAUUAAAAGAACCCCAUAGAGAGACAGCCAACCAAGAUUUAGAAAUAUCUAAAAAUGAUAAAGGCCUACUAAAAAACGAUUUGAUAUAUAAGCCUCCUGUUUCUUUGAAAAUGUUUAAAAGUCAUGUUAGCAAUCUCAAUGAAAUUGUUAACCAAAUGCUGCUUUGCGAUGAAUAUAAAGAAAAAUCUGUGGAGGAAUGUAUUGAGGAGUAUUACCAAGGCUUCUAUUCUGGACUAGGAAUGCGGGAGAAAUUUGUUCCACGAUUUAAAGCAUGCCCCGCCAAGUUGAGGGAAAAAUUGCUAAGCUUUCCAGGGGAAAUGAGUGACCAAUGUCCAAAGGAACCGGACCGCCAGGAAAAUCACAACUCGGGGCUUGCUACACCAAGGAAUGAAGUUGCGACCACUACUCCACCCCAAAAAAGUGCGCAAAGCCAAGAGGAUGUUACCUGUAAGACGAAGGAUACCUCAAGAUCUGGGCAGUAUUACGACGAUACCUCAAUUUGCAUAGCAAACAAACUUUAUCAGUUUCCCGUAUCGUUUCGAACUUUUAUGCGUUAUGUUAACAGCGAUGAGUUGAUGGAUCAGCUUGUCAACGACUCUUUUGGAAAGACUAACAAUGCAGAGCAGCUAGCCAAGAUUCGAUCAGAUAAAGACAGAUGUGUUCGCCUUCUUCACAGAUUUUUCCACUCCUUUUACGUUAUAAAGGGUUUAAGAAAUCGUUUCAAAUUUAACUUUGAUGCUGCACCUUUUGAGCUGACCCAAAAAUUACAAGAAUGGGCGGUUCUUAUUUCUGAUGCUAAAAACGAAAGACAAAAUCAGUCACAGCCAAAAGGUCAAGACUUAAAACAAGAAAAGAAAGGAAGCCAAUGUCCGAACGAGGCUUAUGAAGCACGGAAAGUAGAAUUAUCUUCAAAGACAAAGAUUGGAUUACAGCAAUACAUUCCCGACAACUUUCUUGCAUAUUUAUGUCCUGAUAGCACAAACCCGCAAGAGAAAGAAACUCUUGUAAAAGAAUUUAUGGAAUACUGCUCAACUCAAGAAAAUUUCUCAUUCAUGGAUGCGUAUAGAGAAUCACAAAUUGCAACCCCUACAAAAAGUAAUGAGGAUCCGUUGAAUUCACGUUCAAAUAAAGUUGAAAUAAUCAGCGUAGUUGAAUUUAAGGUACCUGCCCCAAAAAUUCUUAAAAGUGCUUCCGAGCAGGACAAGCAGAAAAAUUCAAAGGUAGACGUUGCUAAAGAAUCUGUUUUAAAUAAAAUGCCGAUCUGUUCAAGAAGUUCGUCGGAAAACAGCAAAAGAAACGAACACCUAUUGUCAUUAACUUCAGAGAAAAACUCAACGACUAACAAUCUCGAACUACAAUCAGUCCAGAAAUCAGAAAAACAAAUAAUCCUAGAGAAAGCAAAGGAAUUAUUUUUUUCUGAAAGUAGUCCGGAACACAAUCUGAAGUAUUUGAUCCACACCAGCCAGGGCCUCAAAAGAACCAUUUGGCGCAUUCUCCACCAACUAUCUUUUAAAGAAUUCUCUGACUAUACGAACAUCCACGAUGGGGAAAGCUUGUAUGAAAGCGAAGACGAUUUAAAACUUUGCUUUCAGCACGUCGUAAACCAUGGUAACUGGCCAAUAAACUUGUGUGUCCGAUUACCAUAUUUGAAGAUGCUGCUCGAAAGCAAAGGAGUUCAGCUGCAAAAUGUGGAACUGGACGAAUUGUCGCCGAAAAUAGUGAAUCCUUGGGAACUAGGAUCCUAUACGGAUUUCGAUAAAAUCGUUGAACAGGAAUACACCCAACGUACCGGUCAGAUAUUAGACGAUAUUGUGCUUUUAUGCCUAGAGAGGCAGAAACUAUAUACCACUUGUUGGACACACGAUAGGUGGAUACCCCAAGUACCAAAGGUCUCGGAUGAGAUACAAAACCCUGAAAUCCAAGGAGUGGAGCUAAUGCCUAUUUUAAAUUCGUCGGAAAAUAUCUGUCCAGAAAGCGGGAAUACUGCAACAAACAUCCCUACCAUCACCGUUUAUCAAGAACCUAAUGGUCCGCCCACUGAGGCUAAUGUAUCCACUUUUAUCAAUGUGGCAGAAGUGAGCCAAGCUUCUCAUUUGACACAAAUUGCAGUUGAUCCACUAGUGUCAUCACAAGAGCCACCUUCCGUAAAUGUGGAGACAAUUAUGCAGGAACCCAUCGAACUUCUUUGCCACGCAAUUGACAAGAGAGAACCAAUUACUUUGAACGAGCAAGAUAAACAUAUUGAUGCUACUCAAAACAAGGGAUCCCGUAUUGAGAACCAGUUGAUCCCAGAAUUGGAUACCAAUGUAAUCCCAAGUACGUCAGCUACUCAAAGUCAUGUUAUUGUGGGAAAGCGCCAAAAAACCAGCAGCGCAGAACCGAACAAACGAAUAAAACUGGUAAACGAAAAGGUGCCGCAGGUGAGGCACGAGUUCCGGAAGCUGCCUCUGAAUGCGGUGGUGCCUAAAGAGUCGGAAGGCGCUGAACGUUGUAAUCCUUCCGACAAUACUACACCUCAGCCAGCAGUCCCCAAUAUCACUUCCCCGGAGAAAAUUGAUGCCGGCAACACACUCCAGGAAUCCUCUCAGCUUAACGCUCUUGUAAAUUCCACAAACAUCACCGUUCGCAAGAAGAAGUAACGAUCUUACAUUGUGAUUACCUGUGUUAUUAGUUAAAUUAUAAAAAAAAAGAUUAAAAUUUUUGGUAGGCUAUUGAAUACGGAUAAGUAUAACUAAUUGGUUAAUUCAACAAAACAAUAAUGUUAAAGUAUUUAUGAAUAUGUUAAUAAAUAAUUGUUUGUUUCCUGAA